AUGAAGCGAGCAGUCCCACAACUGGGGAGGAGCUUCAAUGAGAGUUUCUGCUCUCAGAAGACGUCGACGAUUACGAAGAGACCAUGUCUUGUAAACUACAAAAUCAGAUAUGACGGGGCAGCUCAGCGGCGGCACAAGUCAAACCUCAACACCUCGCCACCAUCCACUGCUACAGAUAGUCUCCCACUAUCGGGUCUAAGAGUAUUGGACCUGUCUCGCGUGCUAGCAGGGCCAUUCUGCACACAGAUCCUGGCCGACUACGGCGCCGAAGUGCUCAAGGUUGAGCAGCCUGGCGUCGGAGACGAGACUCGACAGUGGCGCACGGCCAAUGAAUCUCCCAUGUGGAAAGACGAGUAUCCCCUGAUGAGCCUGUAUUUCGCAGCUGUGAAUCGGAACAAAAGAUCUGUGACGCUCAAUCUGAAGUCCCCAGAGGGUGUUGAGAUUGUGAAGAAACUCGCUAGAGAGAGUGAUGUCGUGGUGAAUAAUUUUGUGCCGGGGAAGAUGAAUGCCAUGGGUUUGGGGUAUCAAGAUCUCCGGAAGGAGAAUGAGCGCAUUAUCUACGCGAGCGUUAGUGGCUAUGGCUCUACUGGACCGAGUAAGGAUCGUGCUGGGUAUGAUGCUCUCGCGCUCGCUGAGGCUGGUUUGCUGCAUAUUACGGGAGAAGGUUCAAGGCCGCCUUCAAAACCUGGUGUCGCGAUUGCGGAUCUCUGUACCGGGCUGUACUCCCAUGGCGCAAUUCUGGCAGCUAUUGCACAGAGAGAGCGUACAGGAGUUGGCUGUAAUAUCGAGGGAAGUCUGUUCGAGAGCUCCCUGACACUAUUGAUCAAUGUUGGACUGGCGAGUAUGAAUCUUGACCGGGACAAGGAGCCAAAGGCCAGGAGACGAGGAAAGAGGUUGGGACUUGAACACCCAAAUCUAGUACCUUAUGGUGGUUUUGAGACCAAAGACAAGAAGAUGGUGUAUGUUGCAGCGAACAACAGACGACAAUGGGACGGUUUCUGCAAACGACUGCAAGUCCAAGGGCUUGGUGAAAAUACACGUUUUCAUUCCAAUGACGGUAGGGUAGCAAAUCGGGAAGAGAUCAAUGCUAUCCUGCAGAAGAGAUUCAAGGAGAAGACCAAAGAUGAAUGGAUGCAGGUGUUCGAGGGCAGUGGUUUGCCAUAUGGAGCUAUCAAUGAUGUGGUUGAGGCAGUUGAACAUCCACAAGCACUGGCUCGAAACAUGAUCAUGGAAGUCGAGGAUUUUGAAGCGGCUAGGGAUGGGGUUCUGAGAAUGAUCGGACCAGCGAUGAAGUUCGAAGGUGCCAAAAUGGGCGUUCGCAUAAAACCACCACUGUUGGGUGAGCAUACUGAUGAUGUUCUUUCCGAGUUGGGAUAUGCUGCUUCAGAUAUCACAGGACUUCGCGAGACUGGAGUCAUAUAG